AGAAGGAAGCGGCAGCGUUAUGUCACCAAGGAUGGCAAGUGCAGGGUAAAUCUGGGACCUAUUUCAGAGAAGAGUCGCUUCCUCUCAGAUAUCUUCACCACACUGGUUGACCUCAAGUUUUGCUGGUUCCUUCUCGUCUUCACCAUGUGCUAUAUUCUAACGUGGGUGGCCUUUGGUGGGAUCUACUUCUUAGGUGCCUGGUUGCGUGACGACAUCGUGCACGUCCAUGACCAACAAUGGCAUCCAUGCUUUGAAAAUGUCGACGGUUUUCUAUCAGCCCUGCUGCUGUCUUUAGAGAGUCAGAGGACUAUUGGGUAUGGCUCCAGGAUGGUGACGGCUAACUGCCCUGAAGGUGUUGUCCUCCUGAUGAUCCAGUCCAUCCUUGGCUCCAUUAUCGAUGCUCUGAUGGUGGGCUGCAUGUUUGUCAAAAUCUCCCGUCCACAGCAGAGAGCCCAGACGUUGAUCUUCAGCAAGCACUGCGUCAUAUGUGAGCGUGACGAGAAGCUGUGCAUGCUCUUCCGCAUCGGCGACCUGAGGGCGAGUCACAUGGUGGACGCCAAGAUCAGAGCCAAGCUGAUCAAGUCCAGGCAGACCAAGGAGGGCGAGUUCAUCCCGCUGGAGCAGUCGGAGAUCAAUCUGGGCUACGACACCGGAGGAGACAGGCUCCUUCUGGUGGAACCUCAGACUAUUACCCACGUCAUCAAUGAAAACAGCCCGUUUUGGGAGGUGGGGCCCGAGCGUUUGAAGAGGGAGUCGUUUGAGAUCAUUGUCAUCCUGGAGGGCAUCGUGGAAGCAUCUGGAAUGACAUGCCAAGCUAGAACGUCCUACAUAGAGGAGGAGAUCCUGUGGGGUCACCGAUUUGAGUCGUGCAUUUCCUUGGAGAAAGGGGCGUUUCGUGUGGACUACAGCGCAUUUGACAAAACCUUUGAAGUCCAAAUGUCCCAACUGAGUGGAAAACAGAGAAGCACAGCAAAGGAAAAAGAAAUUACAUCGGCUUAA